AUGUCUUCAAUCGAAACAAAUAAUGGUAAAGGUUUUCCUUCCGCAAAACAGUUUCGACGGAGGCUGUCUUUUCGAAAUAAGCCAACUCCAGUUCCGGAACCAAUAUCUAUAAAUGGCCUCAAUUCAGUGCGAGGGAGCAUAAGACGUUUUCGUCGUGUUUCUGGAAGUGUUUCAAGUGCGCAAACUUCCUCAGAUUCAACAACAGAUCCCACAAAUAUCAACCAAUCAGCCUCUAAUUCACAGUCACCAACAUUUCCAUCCUUUCCCCGUCUUUACAAUAUAGCAUCUAUUGCCCGUGAAUUCAAAGAAAUAAAUCUUUCACAAAAGACUGCUGACUUAACAGCUGCUGUUACGGAAAUGGGUGUUGAAUUGGGCAAAAAAGGCGCAGAAUUGAGCAGUAUGGCUAAGGAUGUUGUCAAGGAUGCUGUCGUUGAUCGAUGGAAAAAACGAAAAGAAGAUUCUUCGUCAAAUAAUCUUCUUAACACCAAAAGAUUUGUAUCUAGAGAGAACAUUUUUGGUGCACCGCUUAAAAUUGCUGUCACUUUAACACGUGUUGAAAAAGAUAUGAAACAAAUUUACAAAGAUCCAUCUAGGUAUUGGGUACCAGCAUUAGUUCUAAGAUGUAUAGAAUUUUUAGAUAUUCAUGGUUUAGAAGAAGUUGGUAUUUAUCGAAUACCGGGAAGUAUGUCUGCAGUGCAACGCAUGCGUGGUAUUUUCAAUUCUGGGUUGGAUUUAAAUUUUUUACAAAGUUCUAGGGAAGAUCCACACGUAGUAGCAACACUCUUAAAAAUGUAUCUGCGCGAAUUACCAGAACCUAUAUUGACAGAGGAACUUUUACCAGACUUUGGCGCAUGUGUAGCAAAGCAUACCAACUCUGAUUUAAAUGCUAUACCACCAGCAAUUAUACCUGGAUCUGGAACCCGACAGAUGUCCACUGCUUAUUUCACUGCGCCAACCGUAGUCCCAGAAACGCUUCCUCAUGAUCUUGCAACCAUCAUUUCUCGCUUACCGCCUUAUCAUUUUUAUACACUACGCGCUCUUUUUUCACAUCUCGCUCGUGUUGAUAGUAAUAAUGACGUGAACAAAAUGACUCUUAGUAACCUCGGCCUGAUUUUUUGUCCAAGUUUAGGAAUAGGUUCAAUUCUUUUUAAAUCCUUUAUAUGCCAUUUAGAUAUCGUUUUUGGGAAAGGAUGUAAUAGUGAAGAAGCAGAAAUUGAACUUGAAAAACGAGAACAACAAGUUAAAGAAAAACGAGCACCACAGGUAUAUCACAAAACUUAUAUUUCCGAAGAUUUUUCAAAAAGUUUUGAAGACUUGUUGAUGAUUGAUAGACAUCCUAGUGCAAAUAGUUCGAGUAAUUCAUACCCAUCGUCGUCAUCUUCUUCCAUAAAAGGUUUACCUGUAAAUAAGGACGAUAUUGACACUCAUAAUAAUAAUCAAAGCGAUUCUAUGAAAAAUUUUGCUGUAAAUAAUACAUUCUCUAAAAUUUCACCACUUUCGUCAUCAUCAUCUAUAACAGCACCAUCUACACCACCAUCAAAAGAUUCUAGUAAAGAUACAAAUAACCAGUUUAAUUAUGAUGAAUUUCAUGAAAAACGUAAUCAUUCUUUAGUAGAAAAAUUAUCAAAAACUUCAUCAGUUUUCAGCCCUUCUUUUCGUUUAAGAUCUAGUAGUGUUCCACUAAAAGUUAUAGAAUUAUCAGACUUUUCAGAAUCUGAGGAAGAACAAAACCUUACUGAAGAUGAAGGUUCAAAUGAGAUAAAUUCACCAACUCUCAUGUCAUUUGAUUAUUUGGAUAGAUAUGGUACUAAGAAGGGUUUACUAAAUUUAACAUCAAGAGUAUCAAAUAACUGGAUAUCACAACACAAUGGUGCUAAUGAUGGGAAGAAUGUUAGAAGACGCCGACCAAGUGUAGAAGAAAGGGAGAAGUGGAAAAAGACACUUGUGACAAGUACUAGCGCUAAUGCACCUCCAAAUAUCACUGAAGAUCUGGUAGUAACUAGCGAAGAGGAUAAGAUGGAUGAGGAUAAAAUGGAUGAGGAUAAGAUGGAUGAGGAAAAAAUCCCUAGUCAGCUGAAUUGA